CGGGCCUGAACAGUUUUCCGUUCGCGUGGAACGCGUCACGUGCUCGAAAAGAUUUUCAUUUCCAUCGAUUAUUCCAUGGAAAUGGUGCCUUAAACCGGUAUCGAUUAUUCGCGACGCUCAUCGAAGGACGGGAUAUUUAAAUCGAACGGCUCGUUAGCCAGUAGUUUCACACGCACAAUUCGAAGAAGAACGCCUGAGGACAACGAGUUUAAUUCCAUCGUCGUGCCGUGGGAUAUUAGUUUCUCUUUCCCCCUCCCCUCGCGAUGAUGAGUGUUUUUAUCUCGUCAACGUUGUUUACUCUUCGUGCCGCUACAGGGUCCCGAUGUUUCUCGAGAGUGGGAUUCGUGGGUUUGGGCAACAUGGGUGGCCACAUGGCAAGAAACCUGUUGAAGAAGGGCCAUCGGUUGAUCGUUUACGAUAUAAACGAAUCGGCAGUGUCGAAUUUAAAGGCGGCGGGCGCUGACGUUGCCUCGAAUCCUGCGGACGUAGCGAAAGACGUCGAAAUUGUUGUCACCAUGUUGCCAUCCAACGAGCACGUUUUAAACGUUUAUAAUGGCGAUAACGGCUUAUUGAGGUCAGCGAAAAGAAACAGUCUCCUAAUUGACAGCAGCACGGUGGAUCCGUUUGUGUCGCAGACUCUAGCAGAGGAGGCUGAAAAGUCUGGAGUUAGCUUUGUAGACUGUCCGGUGUCUGGAGGUGUCAACGCAGCCAAAGAUGGCGUCCUGACGUUCAUGGUGGGGGGAUCGAAAAGAGAUUUUGAGCUCGCUGAACCUCUUCUAAUGUCGAUGGGAUCGAAGAUAAUUCAUUGUGGGAACGUGGGAAUGGGUCAAGCCGCGAAAUUGUGCAACAAUAUGCUUCUGGCUGUCAGCAUGAUCGGUACAGCGGAGGCGUUUAACCUUGGACAGAAGUUGGGUUUAGACGCAAAGGUGCUGGCCAACAUCGUAAACUCGAGUAGUGGUAGAUGCUGGUCCUCCGAAUUGUACAAUCCUGUCCCUGAUAUUCUCGACAAUGUACCGAGCUCCAAAAAUUACGAGAAUGGUUUCAGUACAGCUUUAAUGGCUAAAGACUUGGGACUGGCACAGUUUGCUGCUAAUAAGGUGGAAGCAACUAUUCCCUUGGGUUCCUUGGCGUACCAAAUCUACAGGACUAUUAUAGCACAUGGAUUUUCGAAAAAAGAUUUCAGUUUCGUUUAUAAGUUUUUGAAAGGAGAAAAGUAAGAAUGUGUGUGUUCAUACUGGAUUUUUAACAAUCUGAAGUAAUGCUCAAUCUCAUUAAAUUAUACAUCUAAUUGUAA